UUCAGGCGUCUGUAUUACCGGGAGAUAGCUAGAUAACUAGCUAUGUGGAAAGAGUGUACACCACUCAGUACAAGAAAGGUUGGUUCUGAGGACUAUCUAAAAAGUUAAAGCUUGAUUUUUCGAGUUUUGGCCGUACACCGUAACCAAAAGCCGGUUACAAUUAUGAAGUGUCUGAACUGGAGUAAAACCUCAGCUGCCUCCCGCCACACAGAAAAGGAGAAGGUGGAAGCCGCUACGCAAUUAAAGGGACAGGCUACACCGCGAAAAAUAUGCGCCGCCAACUCAGGAAAAGCCCCGCGCUCUCCUGGCGCGCCCACCGUCUUCCGCCAUGGAGAUGGCAACUUGAAAGGUCCUCAUAAUAAAGAGAACUGCAAAGAAAAGAGUUAUGUGGAGGAGAUAUAUAACAACGAACCUAUUUUAAGCAGUUCUAGUUUAGCAGAGGACAGUGGCUACCUCUCCCUUCAGAACAGCCAAAUCGAUCACGGAGAUACUGACACGAAUUGUGCGGACGCUAUAGAGAGAUGUUCAGAGGAAACAGAAUCUAGACUUUCUUCAGAUGUUUGCUCUGAUACCAAAUAUGCUUGCCUUCCUGUACUGAAAUUCCAGGAGGAGGUUUGCAAAGAGUUGGCUAAAAACUACAGAAAAAAACAAAGCUAUGAUUGGACUGUCAUUGACAAGAUAGCCAAAAACUAUGGCCUCCAUAAUGUCAUUGGAGGAAAGAUGGGUCUGGAUUAUGUGGACAUUCUUUGUGGACUAUUGAAGAAGGAUAUGAAACACAUCCUCACCAAAAUCCUGGCCCUAUUGGGCGAGUGGGACUUAAUAAACUGCAAAAUGGUCAGCAAGACAUGGUGGAAAAUCAUUUGGCAAGAUGAGGGAGCCUUUCAGAGAUGCAGACGAGCAGAAAAAAUUCUAAAGGCCCCAGCAAGGUCAGUUGGGUCUUUAUCCAGAGACUUUGGCCUUAGCAGGGUGGUGUUUUCCUGCUUACAGAGUGUAGCUUCCUCCACCCCUGUCCACAAGACCCCAAAGAAGACCAUACAUCAGACAGACAGCAUUUUAAGCACACCUAAGCCAAGUCGCUUUACAGAGUUUUAUGAGGCUGCUAAAUCGUUGAAAGUGCAUGAGGAGCUACGUUGUUGCCGCCUCUGUGGCUCUCCUGCACGCCUCAAUGCUGCCGCGCAAAGGGCCGUAUGUAUGCGUGCCAGCUGUGCCUUCGACUUCUGCUCACUGUGUCAGUCCAACUACCAUGGCUCAGCCCCUUGCCAGAGGUGUGUGGUUCGUUCGUUACCACGUUCGCAAAUUGAGCCUGUUGCAGGUUCUGCCCGCAGCAAACGCAAUGUCAGACGGCUUUGAGCUUGUGAAGGAAUGCACACCAAUUGCACCUUUCCUUUCUUUUUUUAAGAUCAACUUUUACAGUCAACUUUUAAAUUCUAGAGGUUUUUUUGUUGUUUUGUUUGUUUUUUGUUUUUUUAAAAUAAUGUGUAGGUCAUACUGUAUGUGGUACUGGCUCAUGUUUUUGUAAAUUGCUAUCAUUGAUUACCAAGGAAAAAAGGAUGGAACAGCUGUCUCAAAUGAUGUGAUGUAAUGUUUUGCAUUAGUUUUAUAGGUGAUGUAAAAGUAUGAAUGAAAUUAACAGUAUUUGUCUGUCAAUGCAAACUGUAAAUAUUUACAUGGCUGAAUAAAGAGACCUAUAUUUUUACACCUU